GCCUGCCUGCCUGGCAAGUCAGAGCAUGUCUAGACCCUGUGGAUGAGAUGCAGAAGAUGGCAGAGCUGCUGGGGCUCAGGGAUGAGUGUGAGGAGGGGACUGUGGGGGCUCCUGCCCUCGCUGGCUCCUGCCUUGCUGACAACAGACUGAACCUGGAUGUCUAUCCUGACGGCUGCCGCCGUUUCCUCCAGCUAUUCAAGGAGCAACAGGGAGAGGUGGUCCAGGUUGAGUUCCUCCGGCUCAGCAGCAACGAUUGCCUCCUUGACACCACACUGGGCAGCCUUCCUCAUCUGAAGCACCUGAAAUCCCUGGUGCUUAAAGGUGGCCUUGCUAGGGAUGAGUUUGGUUCCUAUCAACAUGGCUCCCUGACAAGCUUGCCACCUGACUUUGGGGACCUCAGGUGUCUUACCCACCUGGAUCUCAGCUUCAAUAGACUCUCCACCUUGCCGAGCUGCAUUCUCCACCUCCCCAGCCUCCGUGUGCUCCUGGUGAGCCACAACAGCCUGAUGACACUUCCUGAGGACUUUGGCUCUCUGAGUAAACUGACUUUCUUCUCUGCAAUGAAAAAUCAGCUGAAAGACUUACCUCAGAGCAUUGGGGAGCUGUCAUUGCUGCAGGAUCUGGAUCUCUCAGAAAAUGCUUUGGAACUGCUCCCUGAAGAAGUUGGGAAUCUGCACAACUGUACAGAGCUGGAUCUCUCUGGGAAUCGCUUAUUAAGCAUCCCAGAAUCCCUAGCCAAUUUGAAGUCUCUGCGUCGGCUGCAUCUCCACAGCAAUCUCCUGGUGACAGUCCCUGCCUCUCUUGCCAGCCUGCCCAACUUGUCCAGACUUGAUCUGCAGAACAACUCCCUCCGUGCCAUCCCUGCUGAGAUCCAGGCCCUGCCGUUUGUGCACGUCCGAGGCAAUCCCUUGGGAGAAACGGAGCCAUCCCCGCAGGCUGAUAAAUCCAGUACCAGAAGGCUAAAAAGACUCUUCCUUGCAUCAGGAGAGGGCAGCUUUACUGUCACCUCUGAAGGCUGCAGAGUGGUCCUGGCCUGUGGCAUCCAUUUCUACUUUCCGCCGGGGGCUGCCUCUGAUCCUGUGCGGAUCCACUUCCGAUCCCUCACGCCGGAUCCACAGUGGGUAAAGCUGAGACACCAUGAUGUCCUGCUCAGUAGAGUCCUGGAGCUGCAGCCUCAUGGGGUCCAAUUCCAGCAGGAGGUGCAGAUCUGGAUGCCAUAUAUCUCACCUCAAACCCCUCACCAGAAUGAGGUUGUAGUUCGGACCUUCAGUGGGCAGAGCUGGAAUGACCUGAAAACAAGAGUGAAGCAGAAGAGAAAAUCAAAGAAGUGUGUGGCCCACUGUUGUGUCCUUCACUUCUCUUGGUUCCUUGUUGUGUCUCGACUUGUGCAAAAUGAAUGCAAAGUGCCAGCAGAGGGGACAUUGCUCUUUUCCAGCGUGGAUCCAAACAUCAAAGUGAUCUUUCCUCCUGGAGUCACCAAAGAGCCUCGUAGUGUCAAGCUGCAGGUGCUGCCAGUCUCUGCAGAAGAGAUACAGGAAAUCACAGCCAAUGCAGGGUGUAGAGCCAGUCCCCUGCUCUACCUCUCACAGGACUCCACAGUGGAUUUUCUCAAGCCAGUGAGAAUUCAGCUGCCUCUUCCACCCGGGGUCACAGGGCUAAAUUUGGAUCGGUCAAGGCUGCAUAUACUCCAUGGUGACCUGGAGGGCCAAACCUGGAAUGACAUCACCAGUGAGGUGGUGCUGGAAUUCACCCAUCUUUAUGCAGUGUUUGAAGUCACUCACUUCUCCUGGUACUGGCUGUGGUACACCACCAAGACCUACAUUGGAGGCAUUGCCAAGAAGGUCUAUGAGCGCCUGCGUCUGUACCAGGUGAACUUCAUAGCGCUGCAGAGGAAGAGGGAUCCUGAGCAAGUCCUGCUACAGUGUGUCCCCAAGCACAAGGUUGACCCAGUGCUGAAAAAGCUGCAGGACCGCUAUCGAGGACCUGAGCCAUCUGACAUGGUGGAGAUGUUUGAGGGAGAGCAAUUUUUUGCAGCUUUUGAGCGAGGCAUCAGCAUUGAUAUGGAUCGCCCUGACUGUGUGGAUGGACGUCUCUCAUUUAUUUUUUACUCCCACUUGAAGAACAUGAAGGAAAUAUAUGUGACCUCCCCUGUGGACAGAAAAGGCCAAGCUGUAAAAGGCCAGGUCUCCUUCUACCGAGGGGCAGUUCCAGAGAGCAUCCCUGAAGAUGCCAGCAGGAGGAGAAAAGGUCCAGACUCCCUCUGGCUUGCAACUCUGCCCAUCAAACUGCCUCAACUGAAACCCCGGGAUGAGAACCCUGGUCCCCUGUAUGGCUUCUCCUUCCCUCCCUUGAACCUGGGCAAUGCUGAGACUGGGUACCUGACACAGGCAAACCUGCUGAGCAUUGCUAGGCGUGUGGGAGCUGACUGGCAGAGCAUCGGCCUCAACCUGGGCCUGACCUACCAGCAGAUUGAGCGCAUAGGAUACAAUAACAGAGAGGACCUCAACAAGCAGAUCCUGGACAUGCUUUUCUCGUGGGCUCAGCAGAACUCAGAGGAUCCCGACUGCGUGAGGAAGCUGAUUACAGCCAUGAAAGAGAGCGGCCGCCAGGACAUCGCGGAUGAGGUUGAAGCCAUCAUUGAGCUGGGCCGGCAGAAAUACAGCGAGUCCAUCCGCCGGCUGGGCCUGGAGCAGGAGAGCAGCACUGAGGACUCUGCAAUAGCUAUGAUGUAGCACCUA